AUGCGAAAGAAAAAAACGAUUACCUUUAUUAGUGAGAACAAAGUGAUCUGCUGUGGAUCUGAAAAUGAAGAAAACACAAACCAACCUGACAGCGUUCUCGAACAAACUAUAAGAGAUCUGGUGGAAGAGAAUCACUGGAAAUGCAAUUAUAUUUCCAAACUGAAAGAAGAAAAUAGUGUGUUGGAAAGUGAAGCCCUUGAAAUGGAAUCAAAACUCAAUGAACAGGUAGAAGUCCAACGACAACAGAUUGAAAAACUGGAACAACAAAUCACCUCGCACAUACAAAAACUGGCUGAUAAAUAUCUUGAAACAAAAACGAUAGAAACUCAAACUGAUGAAAAACAUUUGACCAAGGAAUUCCUAUCAGACAUAGAACAGAAAAGAAAAGAGAAUACCCUAGCAAAAAAGGAAAAUUUGACUUCAAAUUCCAAUGAGUCACCAAGCAAACAUAUACAGGGGGAUGGACAACGGAAACCGAUAAAUUUACACAUUGACAAAAUUCUAGAACAAGAAGAAAAUACAAUAGAAGUGACUGAGAUUCCAAUCCCAACAAUUAUACAGAGUAUUGACCAAGGUACCCAAACUAGAAAUGACAGUAUUUACAAAGUGGAAGACGUAAGAUGUAAAAGAAAGAGGAGGAAGAAAAGGCAGUCCAUGAAAAUUAAUUCCUUUGAAGUUGAAAUAUUAAAUGAGGACAAUAUUCAACUCAAUGAAGAAAAUACUGGAAAGUUGGCCCCUCAAUCACCAGAAACUGAAUCAAAGGAAACCAGGUCAAAGUCUAUUGGAAACCAGACCUCACAAAAUACCCUAUUAGACGAUGAAGUGGUGGUGAAUCUAAUAACCGAUGAAAUAGGAUCGAACGUUAGUGAUGACAGGUCACAGACAGAUUCAUUAAAAAGAAUAGUGAUCUUGGGAGAUGACUAUUCAAAAAACUUUUCCAUGGCCCUGGAAAGUCGUAUGGGAGAACGCAAGUACUCAAUGUAUGAAAUAUUGAAACCAAAUACAGAGCUAUCUGAAUUAACAAGUAACUUGUUCCAAGACACUAUUAACUUAGGGCAGGAUGAUUAUGUUAUCGUCAUGUGCAAUACCAACAAUAUAAGCAAUAGUCGUAGUCUAAAUCUAGCGCUGAAACAAAUUUUACCAAUAAGCAAAUUCACAAACCUCCUUUUAAUUAUUGAAAGAAAUAAUAUUAUUGACCAAAAGUUGCUCAAUUCUAUCAAUAAAAGGAUCAAUGAGUUUAGGAAACAUAAUCAUAACUUCUCUCUCACAUACAUAAGCGACGUCAGGGAAAAAGGAAGUAAAUUCGAUGUACUUACAAGGGUACACAGCUUCCUUACUGAAUCUAAUAAAUGUCUUGUUGUAAAGACAGUGAAAAUACAAGAAAUCGACAAGGCUGAGAUUCCAAAAAAUCUUGAUUUUCCAAAAUUAGUAUUAGUUACAGAACACUGGCUGAAACCACAGGAACCAAUAAUUGUACCAGGUUAUAAAUGCAUCUCUAGAUUUGACCGAGUUACGGCUGAACAUGGAGGAACCCUGAUACUAGAGAAUGUAAAUGAAGAUACAUGCUCCUUUGUUAAGGUAGAAAAAUUCAGUAAUUUGUUGGAGGAGAAAAAUUUUGAGUUCUCCUUGGUGUACUGUGAAGCGUUUCCCCUGUAUGUUCUGUGUAUCUAUAGAACGCGAGAUAACAAUAAAACCCCUUCCGAAGAAAUGACCAUAUUUUUCGAAAAGCUCGAAAUACUGCUGACACAUCUUCCAAUGAAUUCGAAUAUUGUCCUAGCAGGCGAUUUGAAUAUAAAUUUUGAAGACAAAUCAAAUCGUUCCUGUCAGCUUCUAGAACAGUUAUUAGACUCCUUAAACUUAACCAUGCACGUGCAAUCCGCAACACAUAUUUGCCGGAGUACAUCUACUAUAAUAGACUAUUUCUGUUCUAAUUUGGAUGAGUCUAAGGUAACCUGUUCAGUUUUGUCAGCAAAUCUCUCAGAUCAUGAAGCCGUUCUCAGUACACUCAGCUUCCCUGGUAAAGGCAUUUCUAAAAAACAUAAUAUACUUGGGCGUAUAUUUUCUAAAAACAACUAUUGCAAAUUUCAAAAGGCCUGUGAUCAGGUCAACUGGAACAGAAUCAUACAUAUGAACACAUAUUUGAAUACACUCAGUAAUAUUUUUGAAAGUGCUUUCCCUAUCACCAGAAUCCGAAAAAAGGUAAGGAAACCUUGGAUAACGAAGGGCAUCAAAAUAUCAGCCAAAAAUAUGCGCUCAUUGAACUACAUUAAAAAGUUUAAUAAAGAGGAACACCUACAAAAUUAUUGCAAUAGGUACCGAAGUGUAUACAACAGUGUCAUAAAACAGGCUAAGCUUUCAUAUUAUCAUACCAGGAUUAAUACUGCCUCCAAUAUAGCAAAGGAGAGCUGGAUUAUUAUAAAUGAAAUCCGUGGAAAGAGCAAAAAUCAAAUUGAUGAAAUCAAUUUGAAACCUGACUGUUUCAACGAUUACUAUUGCUCUAUCGCAACUAAACUUACUAAUGACAUUUCCACUAACAUUCAUAUUAAUCCAAUGCAAUAUCUUGAGAAUGUAAGAAUUGACGAAAACUUCUUUUU